AUGAGACCGGGAAGCCUUAAAGAUCCCGAAAUAGCGGAACUAUUCAACAAACAUGAUCCGGAAAAGAUAUUUGAAGAUCUGCGCGAGAUCGGUCACGGCUCGUUUGGUGCCGUGUACUACGCAAAAUGCAACCUCUCGCAGGAGAUCGUCGCCAUCAAAAAGAUGUCCUACAUGGGCAAGCAGAGCAUGGAGAAGUGGCAAGACAUCCUGAAGGAGAUUCGCUUCCUGCGUCAGCUGAACCAUCCGAACACGAUCGAAUAUAAGGGGUGCUAUCUGCACGAGAACACGGCAUGGCUGGUGAUGGAGUACUGUGUCGGUUCCGCUUCGGACAUCAUCGAGGUGCACAAACGUCCGCUGAAAGAGGACGAAAUUUCCGCCAUCUGCGACGGUGUCCUGCGCGGUUUGAGCUACCUGCACGGGCUCGGACGGAUUCAUCGCGAUAUCAAAGCCGGCAACAUUCUUCUAACCGAGCAGGGCAUUGUGAAGCUGGCCGAUUUCGGUAGCGCCGCGAUUAAGUGUCCGGCCAACAGCUUCGUUGGCACACCGUACUGGAUGGCGCCAGAGGUGAUCCUUGCCAUGGACGAGGGUCAGUACGAUGGUAAGGUGGACGUGUGGUCACUCGGCAUCACUUGCAUCGAGCUGGCGGAACGGAAGCCACCGUACUUCAAUAUGAACGCCAUGUCGGCACUGUACCACAUCGCCCAGAAUGAUGCACCGUCACUGCAGGCCCAGGAGUGGUCGGAUAUGUUUCGUAACUUCGUCGACUUUUGCCUCCAGAAAUCCCCAAUCGAUCGGCCAACGUCCACGCAGUUACUGAAGCAUACUUUCAUGACACGGAUACGAUCUCCGGCGGUUUUGAUUGAUUUGAUCGCGAGAACGAAGGCUGCAGUACGCGAGUUGGAUAAUCUGAACUAUCGAAAGAUGAAGAAAAUCCUGAUGGUGGACUGCGAGACGGGAAGCAACAUGGGCGAUGCCGAGGACACGCCGGACGAGCAAAUAGGUGGUGACAGCAGUAAGAGCAAUAGCAUCACCUCCGAGCACUCGCUACCGUCGGUCGACCAGCAAGUUCCGCUUCAUGCCGGUGCGAGUGGCCUGGGGCUUGUCCGAAAUUCGUCCCGAUCGCGGCCCGCUCUGCCCUCGUCGAUGCACAACAACAACUCGUCGGGAAGUGUGAGAGACAGUAUGCUGUCGAACGUGAUGCUGGGUGGCGUCGUUGGAAGCGGAGGAUCCGGCGGAAGUGGCAUUAUGAUGGCCGGAAGUAGCAGCGGAAUGGGGACAAGUAGCGGGCAGGGUGGCAGUGGCGGUGCUAGCAGCGGCGGAUCCGGCGGUCUUGGCGCUGGCAGUCAAAACAGCAGUGCCAACAUGGUCUACCAGCAACCGCACAAUUCCUCCUCCAGUCCGGUCGGUGGUUCGUCGCAUCAUCAUCCCCACAAUCACAAUCACGUACCGCAAGGAGUGUCGAACGCCGUCGCCGAUCAUGGUGCCAACAACUUUGCCACGAUCCGUACCACAAGCAUCGUGACGAAGCAACAAAAGGAACACAUGCAGGAGGAAAUGCACGAGCAAAUGUCCGGCUACAAGCGCAUGCGGCGUGAGCAUCAAGCCGCGCUGGUGAAGCUGGAGGAAAAGUGCAAGGUGGAGAUGGAACAGCACAAGACGGCCCUGGACAAGGAAUACGAUUUGUUGUUGCACAAUUUCACGCGAGAGUUGGACAAGCAAUCGGCAAAGCACCAGCAGGAAAUUGUGCGACGGGUGAAGCAAAACGAUGGAGCGGAGAAGAAGCUACACAAGGAAAUAUCGACCCGACAGGAGGGCGAUCGGAAGGCGUUCGAGAUACAUCGAAAGAAAGAGUACAAGGCCAACAAGGAGCGAUGGAAACGAGAGCUGUCGAUGGACGAUACGACACCCAAACGGCAGCGCGAUGCAACUUUGCAGACGCAGAAGGAUAACCUAAAACAAGCGGAAGCACAGGAGGAACAGCGGCUGCUGCGGGUACAGAAGAACUAUAUCGAACUGGAGAUGCGUAAGUUCCGCAGGAAAAAGAUGGUGCUGUUGCAAGAGCUUGAAAAUCAGCUUUUACGAGACGAGCUCAGCAAGAAGCAACAGCAGUUGGAGCAAGCCCACGGCAUGCUGAUAAAACACCACGAAAAAACGCAAGAUCUCGAGUAUCGCCAACAGAAAAGUGUCCAUGCCCUGCGGGAAGAGCAGAUUUCGAAGCAACACGAGAGUGAGUUGCGAAACCAGAAGGAGUACAUGGACAGGGCCGAGCGAGACCUGCUGCGAAGACAUGCACUCGAAUUAAAACAGCAACCAAAGAGCCUGAAGCAAAAAGAACUCCAGAUUCGGAAACAGUUCCGUGAGACGUGUAAAACACAAACGAUCCAGUAUAAGGCCCUGAAGCGACAGAUACUGCAGACGACACCGAGGGACGAACAAAAGGCUGUGAUAAAGCAACUGAAGGAAGAGCAACAUCGGAAGUUAACAUUACUAGGUGAUCAGUAUGAACAAAGUAUUGCCGACAUGCUACAGAAGCAAAGCCUUCGUUUGGAUGAAAGCCAGGAAGUGGAGUGUCAUCAGCUGCGCGAUCGAUUACAGUACGAGCUAGACAUUCUGACUGCAUACCAGAGUAAGAACCGAAUGCAGGCGCAGGCACAACGCGAUCGCGAACGGAAGGAGCUGGAGGAUCGCGUCAGCGUUCGACGAGCACUGCUGGAGAGUAAGAUGGAAACCGAGCUGCAGCAGUUCAAUCAAGAACGGGCUGAAAGAAUUCGCCAGCUCAAAGAGAAGCAUGACAAGCAGCUUGAGGCAUUCGAUGAAGAAUCUGCCCGCAUGGGAUUCAGUGCUCUAGCUUUGGCGGAAGCAUCGAAAGAGACAUAUCCGGAUGAGGAGGGUAGCCUGUCCGGUUCGAUGUUGAGCUUAGCGCACAGCAACAGUUCCACCAGCUUCCCAGCCGGUUCCCUAUAGCAUAAGUCAUCUUGCAGCAGAUGGAUGACAAUAUCGAGUCAACAUUCGAUGUAAGCAAAACCAUGGAGUUUGCACGUAGAGGUCGUGACGCUAGACGUUAACUGGCUAAUGACAACAGCAACGGUGUACGGAGUGAAGCGGAACAUAACAUUUGACGAAUGGCGUCUUGAUCGACUAUAGCAGCACGGAGAAAACGCGCACGGAGCGGAACACAGCAAUGCAUAUUAUUUGCGACCACAGGCAGAACACAGCUCUGUGGCUCAAAGGCAAGGGGACGAAAGCCAGAAGACUGAUCAUCAUCUUCGGACAGCGGGAGCCAAAAAGGGACAAAUAAAAAUGGGCAGUUUA